UUAUACAAAUCUCUUAAUUUGUUCUAGCAUCUCUCUAACAAGCAUUGAGUGAUACAGAGGAUUCAAAACGACGCUACAAAAGUUAAGUGUGCUGUAGACCAAGGCAAAAUACAGAUUUCUAAUUGAAUCAUUAUUAGAAAAAGCUACCGUGGAUCUCAUAAUAAAUCCUAACAGAUAUGGGGCGGUAAUUGGGUAUAACAGCACAGUCCCCACCAAGCUCGCUUGGACAAUGAAGAAAAGACACCCAUUAUCAAUGAAAUAGUUAAAAAAAGAAACAGAGAGUAUGAACAUUUUUUGAUUAAAAUUGAUGGAAUAGCAUCAGUACCAAUACUGUCAGUAACCCUGAUGCCCAAAUUGCAUCUGACCCAAAGGAAGGGUAUCCGUUUCCACGCAAUCUACACUCUGCUGGAUUGGAGAAGGAUCAACAAAAAUCAAAGAAAAGAAAUCAGCGAACAAUAAGCAAACCCCGACAACAGCUCCACUCCAUCACAUCGUAGAAGGAUCCCUUCUUAGAGUUAAUAAAAGCGCAAAACACCUUUGGGUUAGAUUGGAUAUUGCUUUCAGCUGUUCUAACAUACUCCAUAUAAUUAUGAUGGAUUAGAUGCACGACCCCUUAGAAUUGAAAAAGUGAGGAAAUCAAGUCGGUCAGAAUAAUGACUGAAGAUCCAGAACCGGAUAAACCUGCUAUAAGGGCAGGUUUUCACUGACAUAUCUUGAUUCUCGGCUUUCGGGUGUAAGAAAAUGAGUAGAGACGAGGUCCACGUGCGAGAUCGAUUGCUGAUGUUGGCCGAAUCAACGGGAUCGCAUAAACCGUUCAACGUGAAAAGGAAACCGGCAACGUUGAAGGUCGCUUCGAAGAACGGCCCGAAGCUGAGCGUGCAAGAUUUCGUGCGUAUGGAUCCGGGUUAUACACCGGAUAUCGAACAUUUGGUGUUUCCUGCGAGAAAACGGAAUCCCCAGCAGGUGGCACCACUAAAUCCACCAACCGGAACCAGCAGUCAACAAGGAAAAACUAGAUCUAGAUUGGCGGAAAUGUUCGCUUUAAGUAGACACCUUCAGCAAAGAUCAGUUGAUAGAGAUUCGAAACCAAGAAGUAACGUUGUAAAUCGGAGCGUGGACAGUGUUCUGGAACCACCGAGGUUGCAGGCGCCAAGAACCAAUCCGGACUCCUCCCAGAGGUGGAUUGUGGAGGAACCGGUUCGACAAAACUCUUCAACUAGCAGAGUCAGUCCGGCGAAAGACGUGGACAUGGCUGCAACCAGGGGCCCCAAUGUGUCGGUGCUGCACCUACGCGGUCCCUCUGAAUGGGAUACCAGCCCCACAACGGUUUUUGCCGCAACCACCACAACGGGAAAUUCAAGAAGUUAUAAUAGGAACAGUACCAGCUGUGCCCCUUUAACGAAACAUCAAUCUUUAGGGGGUUAUAACCAAUAUAAAUAUGGCCAACAAAGUUUUCAUUCAUCCGGAAAUGAUAGUAGCUCUGAAAUUUAUCUAGGAAGUAGUUGUCAUAGAGAAUUAUCGCCUGUGAGAUGGUGUGAUAAAGAAGUCGAUGGGGUUUAUUUGGGAAGAUCAGGUUGGGUACAGGUUCAGCAAAGAUCUUUAGACGAUAGAAGGACAUCUUAUGCCACAUCAGAUUCCUUGCAAUCGUCAAGAAGAAUCGGGAUUAAGUUAGCUGAUUAUCACUGCAAAAGUGAGCCGGGGAAAUGCCCAGAAAAACCAAAUAGUAAAGUCGAAGCGCAAAGACCGGCUUAUCUUCCGUUGCGAACAAGGGAUUACGAGAUUAUUCAACCAUCAAAAACCCCUUCUCCGAGAAGCGUCCCAGAAAGCUUUUCUCCUCCUUCAAUAACACCCAUUAUAUCACCUCCCCCUGCUUUCCAAGAUCGAAACCAAAAAGGGAAGUCGAGAACGUUUUUCGGAAAACCCCCAUUUCUUCCAAGAUCUAACGCAAUCGUCGACAGCGAUGUUAGCCCCCCACCAUCACCGCAAUUAACAUCAACUUGGAACCCCCCUCAACGAAAAUCAAAGAACGCCGAUUUAAGAUCUUAUCCAAGAAUCCCUCAAACGAAAUCCCUUGAAGAUACCACCGCAAAUAGACGAACCCAAUUCGUUCAAAAAUACGGAGAAUCCUCAUCUUCGAGCUCAUCAUCAAUGGGAUUUAGAAGCUUAGACAGCUACGUUCCUAGAGUAGCAAUGCCAAGAUUGUCCGAAAACACGGACUCUUCAAUCGAUGUUUACGAAGACGCCGAUGAUGAAGACAAUAACUCCUCUUCAGUUAUGAGUGUGGUGAAUGUCGAAGUUCAUCGUCCGAAAGAAAAAGCAUCACCUUCAAGUCGCCCACAAAGAAGCACUUAUAGAAGUCAAACCAGAAAAUCACCAGCUGGAUCUGAUUCAAAUAGACAUAGUGGGUGUCCAUCUCCAACAUCUUCAACCAGUUCUAGCGGCGAAUUUCCAUCGGGGACGAUGCAACAAUUAAGAAGAUCAGCUCCAGCAAGGCAAUAUCAAAUUCAAGAAGAUCCAUCUUUAAGGGUGAGAAGAUCGAGAAGUUUACAACUUCCAGAUAAAAAAAAUAAUUAUAGAAAUCCUGUUAAAAUUUCACCACAACAAUUACAACAACAACAAAUUCAACAACAACAAAUACAACAACAACAAAUUCAACAACAACAAAUACAACAACAACAGAUUCAACAUACAGAAAGUCAUCGUGUUGUGGUUAAAAUUCCUGAAAGAAAUAAAAGAAGUAAAGAAGAAGUAAGUGAAGAGAUGAUAAGAGAAGCUGAGGUGGUAACUGGAUUUAUUUAUGGAAGUAGAAGUCGCGCAGCUGCUCAAGCUUUAUUAAUGCAAAGAUACAAUAAUGCGAGAGAUGAGAAAACCAAAGAACCAAUUAAACCCAACAACGGAUAUAACAUUUAUAUCGUUGGUAAUAAAGAUAAAAAAGUUUUGCAAAGAGGUUCAACAACCCCUAAUCUAACCAAAGUUAAAUCAACAACAACAGAAGUAAAAAAACCUUGUACUUCAGAUACAUGUGAUUUUUGGCCCCAUUGCGCACAUAGAGAUUCAUUAACUAACCAAUCAAUGAUGAGAAUAUCUCAUAGUUAUCCGACUCAUCAACGAUCCCUUGAAAAAAGUAGCCCGGAAUCAACGAAACCGCAACCGAAAAGGUUAUCUAGGGCGGAUACGGACGUCCGUUAUCAAAGAAGACCAACCCAGCAAUUUGAGACGAAAAGAUUGAGUCCCAUUAAAUCUAGUGUUGUUCAAAACGACAGGAAGUGUUCGCCCGUGAAUGUAAAUGUACGCGGGGUGUCGCCAGUGUCGCGUAAUCCGAGUAGUUCUUCAACAAGUAGUGAUUUAUAUUUAACCACUUCUGAUAGGGCUUCAUCUAGGAGUCCAAAAAAUGCUAAAAGUUCCGGUGCGUCAACUCCUUUAGAGGAUGUGCCGAAAAAAGAUGAACCUAUCCGCGAAAUGGUCCUCACCAGACCUGGAAGUGCGCCAAAUGAGGAAAAGAAAAGCGUUGGUUUUGAAGAUGCUCAACAAAGAUCGUUGUCACUCCCUAAAUCUUUCUUAUCAGGAACUUACCAACAACAAGAAUGUCAAAUUCCUUGGAGAAAGAAAGGGGCUGAAAGUUUGACAACAUCGCCAGGAUUAAAUCGCAGAACCCAACCGCCGACGAAUAAAGCCCAAACAGCUCCUGUAACGCCUUUACAUGAUGGUAACAGACGUCGUUCACCGAUAGGAGGUGCCAGCAGGAAAGCGAAAGCCACAUCUACUCCGCAGCUGUUAGAUCCUGCGGAUGUUGAGAAUAGGAAGUGGGAUGAGAAACAAGAUGUUUUAAUUGAAAAUAGAUUAAAUCCAAAGGAGUAUUCAACAAGAAGACACACAGCCACCGGUCAAACUACAGAAAGUGUAUUACAAAAAUUUCGAAAAACCUUUUCGCUACGUUUUCAAAAGAAAGGUAGCAAAGAAAGUUGCAGCACGGAUUUUGGGGAGAAUCUUCAAGAAGUUCAAGAUCAAGAAGAGGAAACCAUCCAACAGCGGUCUCAUUCGGUAUCACCGUCGGGGAGCCAAUUAGUCGAAGUAAAGGAUGAACACCCCGAACAGAAAUACAAGUUCGGUCCUUUGGUUUGGCGGACGAGUAAAGAAAGAAAAAAGCUAAACAAAGCCGCACGAAACGCGAAGUGCAACAGUGGCGACAGCGGCAUCCAAAUUGAGAUGGUGCCUGCGUGCGGAGGCACAGGAGGCGAUAGUUCCGAGUCCCAUGAUACCGAUCAGCCCUGCGACGACCUCGACAGCCCACCAACGGUGCGUCGCAGGGCUCCAAAUCGAGCAGGAAACGGUAGAAGCGCCAGACCACACUCUGACCUCAUCAACCAAAUUCUUAUUGAUAGGUUCAAGGCUGAAUUAAAAUCAAGAUCACAUCGACGACCGUACGUAAGAAGAACUCAUUCCGAUCUUGGUGGUCAACGUAUUCUUCACUGGGAGACGAGAUCUUCGCAUCGUCGCCUCAUGACUUCGCCGAUAACCGUCAAGGGACGACCUCAAAGUCCCAGAAAACGACCACCAGAUCUACCGGGGGCCGUACAACUUCGCGGCGGUCCGCAAUAUAGGCGCGGACAACUUCGUCGAUCUCUAAGCCAACCUUUAGACAUCGACAAACUAUCACCUUUAAUGAGACUGAAAACAACAAGUUUCCGUAAUGGUGGUGGUAGUAGUGUUGUUAGUGAAGACGAACACGAUCGUGGAACAUCUGAUGAUGAUAUGAUGUCGGAUUCGGAAUCUUCGGUGGCUUCGUUAUCAGAAAACCGAAAAAAAUCCUUAGAUUUAGCGAUGGAUUUGGAAGAGAUGGUCGUUUUAGCUGAGGCUGUUUUCGAUCAUGUAGCAAUCGAAGCUGAGGAAUUAGCAUUUCGAGCCGGGGAUGUUAUCGAAGUGCAAACGACGUCAAAUAAAGAUUGGUGGUGGGGUGCUUGUGAUGGAAAAACCGGGUGGUUUCCGGCCGCGUUCGUGCGUUUAAGGGUUAGCCAAGAGGAUACCGUUGAAGAUUGUCUUGCUGCGAUGGCAAAUGGAAGAUCGGUUAGUGGCCAAAUUAGGCGCAGAACUAGUAUUUCUUUGUUAUCGAAUGAUCAGGUUCGGACUAGUGUAGUGCGGGAAUUGGUGCAUACCGAAAGGGAUUUUGUUAAAGUUUUACAUGACGUUGCCGAAGGAUAUGUUGCCGAGUGUCGAAAACGAACUGAAAUGUUUACAGAAGAACAAAUUGCGAGUAUUUUUAUUAAUUUGGAGGAUAUUUUAAGGUUUCAAAGUGGAUUUCUUAAAGAUUUAGAAUCUUCAAUCGACUGGGAGGCACCCCAUAAAAGUUGUGUGGGUACCUGUUUUAUAAAACACAAAGAAGGUUUUACCAUGUACUCGGAUUAUUGCAAUAGUCAUCCAAUUGCGACAGCAACACUUCAAGAACUUUACCAGUUUAAUAGUUAUAGUAAGUUUUUUGAAGCGUGUCGAUUAAUGCGGGGAUUGAUUGAGAUUCCUCUUGAUGGUUAUUUGCUCACACCAGUCCAAAGAAUAUGUAAAUAUCCAUUACAAUUGGCUGAAUUGCUCAAAUAUACAAAAACGGACCAUGAGGAUUACGAACAUAUUAAAGAAGCUCUCGCUGCGAUGAGAGGUGUCGCUAUGUUGAUUAACGAGCGAAAACGAAGAAUGGAAAGUUUAGAAAAAUUGGCCGCUUGGCAGCAAAGAGUUGAAGGAUGGGAGGGCGAAGAUUUAAUUGAAAAAAGUACCCAAUUAAUUCACCAAGGCGAAAUUAUUAGAGUUACAACGGGUGUUUGGACGUCAAGUUUAACGUUAUUUUUGUUUGAUCAUCAAUUAAUUUAUUGCAAGAAAGAUAUUUUAAAAAGAAAUACCUACGUUUAUAAAGGAAGGAUACAUUUAGAUACUACGGAAGUUAUUGAUGUUCCUGAUGGUAAAGAUACGCAUAUUGGAGUUUCCGUUCGACAUGCGAUUCGUUUAUAUAGCGUAAUCAGAGAUAAAUGGCUUUUAUUUUGCUGUCGAUCAGCGUCUGAUAAACAACACUGGUUAGAAGCUUUCUUGGAAGAACGUCGACUUGUCGCGAAAGAUAAAUUAGAUGGAACCGAAUUCCCUAACGCCGCUAAACAACUUGCUCGAAUGGCUGCGAAAUGUCAAAGAAGACCACCAAGAAAACCAGGUGGUAAACACUACAAAAAUGACUCAAUUUAUGUAGGCUCAAUGCUUCAAUUAAACUCGCAAAAUUCAAAUUCUUUGGGUCGCAAAGUGGGCACUUGGUUUACAUUUGGUGGUAAUAAAAAGGCUCGACAUCAUAAUAGGGACGUUUCCUGAGAUAAAACGACGUUACUGUAGCAGUAACGUGAUGUGACUAAACUAAUUUGGUAUCUCACCAAAUUUAAGAAUGAAAAUGAACACGCGGUCUAAAUCUUGUCAAUUCAACGCGCUUUUUAAAAACAUUCGGAUGCUCUUUGCACAGGGUCAAAUAUUUUCGAUGAAAGAAAGAGGUUGUUGUCGACGCGCGAUUAUUCAUCCUAUUAUUUUUGUUUUGUGAUAGAACCAGUUUUAUUUUAUGUGUUUUUAGAUCAAAAUAAAAAUGGAUUGAGGAAAUUUUAUUUGUUGUAAAAAAAUGUUAAAAAAAUAAAUAAGAAUCGAUAAAUUAAUGGUGUAUUUAACCAUUCCGCUUUGAUCUCGAUGUAGCUCUCUAAAAAUCACUAAUUAAAAAUGAAUAAUUAAAAAAUGAUAACUAAAAAGAAAGAAACAUAUCUUUUUUUAGUUCUUAAGCUUGUUUGUUUUCUAAUUUUUUUGAAUUUUUAAAUGGUGAAAAACAUCGAAUAAUGUCACUAAAGUAGUUCCGAAAACAAUUUUGUAUAUCGACUUUUAUAUAACCAUUUUUUAUCUAUACACAUAAAGAAAAGUAAAAUAGUAAAGGAAAUCAAGUAUUAAAAAUAAACUUAGAAAUGUUCCCUAAUUACACAAACUAAAGAAAAUAGUUUUAGAAGAAAAAAACCAACAGUGAUAAUAUUUAUUAAUUUUUUUAAUAUGGACCAAUGCGCACACUUCUUACACAACUACUUAAUUAUUAAUAUUCCUCUUUUUUAAUUAAAUUAUUGAAAUCGUUUUAACUAAUUUAUAAACAAUUAUUAUUUUUGUACCUUCUUCAAGUAGAAACGUGAAUAUAAAUAAAAUUAUUAUAGGACAGAUUGUUUUAUUGUAAGUUCGGAUUUACUAUAUCUUACAUCGUUACCUUUCUUUUUAAUUGUUUCAAACAGUAUUUUUGUAUGUAUAUCUCUCUUAUGUACGCGCCCCUCCUUGCUUAUCGUUUUGUAUAGUAAAUUCGAUAGAGAAAACCCCCCAAUCUUGUAUAUAGCACUACUCUUGAUUAGUGCAUUUGUUAAAUAUGUUGUAGCCCGUUUUAAAACUAACGGAGUGUUAACAAUUGUUAAUUAUUAAAAAAAAAAUGAUAUCGUGUAUGUUCUAAUUGAUGUAUUAAUAAAUAUUUUGUAAAAGUUAAA